AUGGGCCUUUUCAGCACGCACCCUUGGCUGUUUCGCCAUACCAUCGUCCAUCCAUGGCUCGUCCUACGGGAAGUGCGUCCCGCCGUGCGUGCGUCGACAACGCCAGCGACAGCGCAGCGAAGUGCAGGAGCGGGGACGGCUUCUUCAGGGGAGAGUUUGUCGACGAAACGGAGCGGGCGUGGUUGCUCUGGGGGCUCGAGGAAGCGAGGCAUGGCAUUGCCGACGAAGCGCCUCGCUCAUGCCGCGGCCAAGAGAAGACCAAGCGAGGAUCAGCUUUCAUGCUCCAUCGUACGUGCCUCUGUUGAUGCUUUAUGGAUCUGA